GUGAUUGCGUCAUCAAGCCGCGCCGCUGCGUGUUGUUGUUGUGUUCGUCAAAGCAAGUUCCCAGCGAAGGCAGCGACGUAAGACUCAACUUUCUGGACUAAAAGUGUGGUGAAUUUGAGUAACGUGCUGCAGAACUGAAUGAAGUGCUGCCCCCUGCUGGACGGUAAAGUGCUGCUGCUGCUUCUAGGAUGGGCCAGCAAAUCUCAGGUCAGAUAAACCAUCUGCCUGAGAAGCUGGUGAAACAUGCUGGACUGGUCCGAGAGAGCGGCUACCUGACCUACGAGGAGUUCCUGGGCAGAGUAGCUGAGCUUAAUGACGUGACGGCCAAGCUGGCUGCCGGGCAGCAGAAGCACCUUCUGUUUGAGGUCCAGCCCGGUUCUGAUGCCUCGGCCUUAUGGAAGGUGGCCGUCCGGAUCGUCUGCACCAAGAUAAACAAGGAGAGCGGAGUGGUGGAGGCGUCUCGCAUCAUGAACCUGUAUCAGUUCAUCCAGCUGUACCGGGACAUCACCAGCCAGGCGGCUGAGGUUCUGUCAGCAGAGGGCGCCGUCAGGGGCUCGUCCGCCCAGCUGCCCUCCACCGACUCCUGCCAGGCCAGCAUGUGGAUGGGGAGGGUGAAGCAGCUGACCGACCAGGAGGAGUGCUGCAUCUGCAUGGACGGAAAGGCCGACCUCAUCCUGCCCUGCGCUCACAGCUUCUGUCAGAAAUGCAUCGACAAAUGGAGCGGCCGCAGCCGGAACUGUCCCAUCUGCCGGCUGCAGGUGACGGCUGCCGACGAUUCGUGGGUGAUGUCCGACUUCCCCUCAGAGGACGAAGUGGUCGGCUACAUCCUGAACCUGGCCGAUGAGGCGGGCCACCCACACCGGCCUUAACACACCGCACACAGUAAGGGAGGCUAGACCUUCACCUGAUUAAACUCACAGUGACACUUUGACUGGGGAGAUCUUUAUGUUCCACGUAAAUAGCAACUAGUAGCGUCUUAUUUGUGUUUAAACGGCAGAUACCAAGUUACUGUACAAGGCCUCAAAUUCCCAGAAUGCACUUGGCAGCCUGAGUAUUCCUCCCUGUGUUCUGUGUUGUUCCAAACCGGACUGUGCUCCAUAACACACACACCCACACGCACGCCCUCUCACAGCUCUGGUGAGAAGUUCACAUGUACCUGUCAUCAGCAUGAAUCAUUUUGGGCUUUUAAUGAUGAAUCUGAACUGGCUCAAAUAUACAUUCAGAUAUAAUUCAUAUGAAUUCAUAUUCAGAAAUAGUUUGUGGAAAUUAAAGGCACAGUAUUAUGUAAAA